AUGGAGUGUACUAAUGCUCAGAAGGUUAAUUAUGCAGUCUCUAUGUUAUAUAAUGAUGAUUAUGAAUGGUGGAAAACCAUUCCUGGAAAAUUCCUGAGGCUUAAACAGGAAGAUAGAUAUGUGGUUAAAUAUGAGAGGGAGUUCACUAGGCUGAGCUAUUAUGUUGGGGUAUUCUUACUUCUAAUAAGGAAAGAUGUAAGAGAUUUGAGCAGGGCCUCAAACCCAGCAUCCGAAGUAUUGUUUGAUCCUGGCUCUACUCAUUCAUAUAUUAGUUCUGCACUUGAUUGCUAUGCUAAUGAGGAUUGUGUGAAGAUGACAUAUGAUGUGCUAGUAUCCAGCCCUUUAGGUCAGGAGGUGGUAGUGAAUAGAUUAUAUCGGAAUUGUCCACUAAAUAUCCAAUGCAGCAUCUUUUUGUCUAAUUUGAUUGAGAUGCCUUUUAGGGAUUUUGAUGUUAUUUUGGGUAUGGAUUGGCUAGCCAGACAUCAUGUUAUAGUUGAUUAUAAUUUGCAGGGGUUACCACUAGAAAAAGAAGUGGAAUUUGAGAUUGAGACUUUCCCUGGAGUUGAACCAAUAUCCAUUACCCCUUAUAGAAUGUCACCUUAUGAAUUGAAGGAGUUGAAGCCAUUCUUGGACCAGUUUGUGGUGGUGUUCAUUGAUGACAUCUUAGUUUAUUCAAAGAAUGCAGAAAAGCAUGACAAGCAUUUAAGGAUAGUUUUACAGACGCUCCGAGAGAAGCAGCUGUAUGCUAAAUUAUCCAAAUGUGAAUUUUGGUUGGAGCAAGUUGCUUUCUUAAAACAUAUAGUGUCUACAGAAGGAAUUAAAGUAGAUCCAAGCAAGAUAGAAGCCAUUCUUAAUUGGAAGCCACCAAAGAAUGUCUCUAAAGUUCACAGUUUCUUAGGGUUGGCUGGAUAUUAUCGCCAUUUUGUAAAGGAAUUUUCAAUGAUAGCACUACCCCUGACAAGAUUGUUGAGGAAGGAUGUGAAGUUUGAGUGGACGAAUAAAUGCCAAAAGAGUUCUAAUAAAUUGAAGACUUGUUUGAUAAAAGCUCUAAUCUUGACUUUACCAACCCCAGGUAAAGAUUAUAUCAUAUACAGUGAUACUUGUCAUAAUGGGCUUGGCUGUGUGUUGAUACAGGAUAGGAAUGUUAUUACAUAUGCUUCACGCUAG